GUCAUUGGACACGAUGUUAUUAAGAUAAUUUCUUACAUGAAGAUACAGUCAACUUUCGUUAAAAAAUUAUAUUUUCUUAUUUGGGUGUUUCUUAUCCCUUGUGAACCCUCUGAGUACAUUUACUGCCAACGCCUCUGCUUUAAACAAACAUAUGUUCAGUUUAAAUAACCAUGUUCUGUAAUAUUUUAAAACGCUCUUUUCAAGCGAAUAUAAAGAAUGUUCAAACAUUCAAUGUGUUGCGACGGAGUAGCUCCAAUGGUCCUCAAGGCGACAUCAAGGAUGCACUAGAUAUAGAGGCAAAUCUAUUCGGAAAUUCGGAUUUGAAGCAUGAGCCGGUAAACACGCGGGAUGCUUUACGCAAGAAUCGAACGAAGUCACUUGGAGCUAGAAAAAACAAGGAACCCACCGUUCCAUUGGCUCCGCGCAAGAAAAGUGGUGUCCCUGCUCCACGGCUAGCUUCCAGCCCUGCCCCAUUGAUAAAGGAUAUCGAGCUUAAUCUGGAGUUUGUGCGCCUCACACUGCAUGAUCCACUAACCAGCACCUUGCUGACCACAGUGCGCUCCCGCAAACGUCGCGACAAGAACCGGCAGAUCAUCAUUGAAGGAAGACGCCUCAUCAGAGAGGCCCUGCAAUGUGGCCUUAAAAUGGAGGCUCUCAUCUUCAGUCAGAAGGAUCAAUUGGCGCUGAUAAAGGAGGAAGUUGGCAGGUCGCAGCUGGAAAGCGGCUCAAAAAUCUACAAAGUUCCACAGCAUGACCUAAAAACAUGGUCUUCGCUGGUAACUCCUCCCGGAUUGAUGGCCAUUUUCGAUAGACCAUCGGAUAAGGGUCUAGAGCAGAACCUGACAGAGCAACAACAACUGGGAACGCGUCCCUUGCCCAUCACUGUGGUGUGUGAUAAUAUCAGGGAGCCGAAUAAUCUGGGAAGCAUCAUUAGAACCUGUGCGGCUCUGCCGUGCCGGCAGGUUGUAGUCACACACGGCUGCUGCGAUCCUUGGGAAUCGAAAGCUCUGAGAGGAGGCUGUGGCGGUCAGUUCCGGCUGCCCAUUCUCGAUGACGUUACCUGGGAGGAGCUCUCUUCAAGCAUUCCCCGAGAGACAGCCGAUAACUGUAAGAUCUUUAUUGCGGAAAAUAACCAAGAAAAGUGGGCCAACCACCAGGCAAUCGAUUAUGCAGAGAUCAACGAAAUUGGAGCGCACAAUCUUCUCAUCAUUGGCGGUGAGAGUCAUGGUGUCAGCGGGGAAGCAUAUAGUUUCAUGAACUCAGUGGGCGACGGCCAAGGAAAGUGCGUCUACAUACCCUUGGCAGCUGGAAUCGAUAGCUUGAAUGUGGCAUCCGCGCUGACACUGUUGCUCUUUGAGAUGCGAAGAAAACUUAAUCAGCCAACUGGUAGCAGUAUCUAGAGUUUGUUUUUGUUUAUGUUUUCCUAAUAUUGUUCAAAAUAUAAGUAUUUCACGGUAAACACAAUUACAAAAUUUCGAAAA